AUGGAGGAACAAGCUAUCAAACCCCAUUCAAUAACUUACUACUCGGACAGUAAAGUAGUCCUGGGCAAUAUUGGAAACGAAACACGCCGGUUCUACGUCUAUGUAAGCAAUCGAGUCGAACGGAUACGAAAAUCUUCUUCUCCAGAAGAAUGGUGCUGCGUCCCAACGCAAUUAAACCCUGCUGACUGCGCAACUCGAUCAGCGAAGGCAAACGAGCUGGAUAACAGUAUGUGGCUCAGUGGUCCGAAAUUCCUCCGCGAUCAAGACCCGCAUUAUGACGCCUCGGAAGAGUGUGUUGUUCCCGAAUCCUUCACCGAUGACCCCGAAGUUCGUCCAGAUGCGAAAUUAAAACGCUUGCCACGAAGGUACAGAAAAGCACAACAAUUGGAACUAGUCGUUUUACGAGAUUCUCGUUAUGGUCAAAUCUAGUGAAGGGUGUAUCCAAGCUUAUAUCGACUGCCCGGUCCUACAAUCGAAGCAACAAAGCUACUCGUGAAUCUUCCGACGGAACGACCGAGAUACAACCUCGUGACGGCGCUGUGGAAAGACGUAAGCAGGCGGAGACGGUAAUAAUUAAGAACGUACUGCAAGAGGUCUUUGCAAAGGAGAUUGAGCAGACAAAGAAGGAGGAGAAGUUACCUAAAGGGAGUGUUCUUACGAAUCUAACUCCGAUGAUCAACUCAAACGGACUCGUACGGGUCGGUGGACGUCUCGAAAGAGCUGAGCUAACCGUUGAAGAGCGUCACCCAAUAAUUUUACCAGGAUCCCACCACAUUACCACCUUAAUGGCGGAAAUCAAGGCGAUUGUCAACAACAGGCCUCUAAUCCCAGUGUCCAACGAUCCCGAAGCACCAGAAAUCCCUACCUCAUUAACCCUAUUAACCCAGAAAUCGACAGCCUUGACCGCGACACCAGGACAGUUCACCUCGAAAGAUUUGCACACCGCACAGUGGAGACAAGUGCAAUAUUUGGCCAACGUUUUCUGGUCUCGUUGGCGGAAAUAA